GUUUGUUUCAAAACAAAGUGAUACUAUUAUCUUAGAACUACACCGAACUACAACAAACAAUAUUUCCACAGUAUAAAGGUCAACAGGUAUUUUACUCAUUUUACAAACAAAAAGACUAUUUCAAUUUUAAGAGAAUACCUAUACGAGGAUGUCUUCCAAGAAGUUAUCCUUUGACGAGAUGAACCUGGGCAUGCCCGUCCACUCGGACCCAUACGAGCUGCACUUCCAUCCAAGUAAUAUUGGAAAAUCAACUGCUGAUGAAGUAAUAAGAUCCGUUGCUGUGAACGAUGAAGAUCUGAAGAAGAAGCUCCGCAAGGAAGCGCUCCAGAUUCUGCCCGACAUCUUUGUGAAAAGCCCGGAAAGCUCGGACGAGUCUGAUGACAUCGAUUUUCCAGAAACCGUGGAGGAGAUGGCGCGCCGCCUCUCCUUCGCCCGGCGCCGGAAGCUGCACUACACGGAGUUCUCGACUGUGGGGCUGGCCAGACGCCUGAUUCGCGAGGAGCUUGCCAAUCUCACAGAGAGCGCGGAGAGCGAGGAAAUAAGGUUCGAGGCUGAGGCGUGCGAGGAAGAGUGCCCGCCGUGCGAGGAGUCGGAGGGUCCGUUCCCAGUCAUCCAGUAUUUCCGCUCCACGCUUCUUUCGCAUGUCUCGGAUGAUAGUAUUGUCAAGGAGGAGCCGGAGCCAGGCUUCAAUCCAUCCCACCAUUGCUUCGAGGCUUUGACCGGCGCAAACAAACUCGUUCAAGAAGCGGAUGCCGGCGGCGAUGCCGGUGUAUCGACGCCCCGUAGUAGCCUUUCAAUACCUACUACCAUAGACACCCCUGCGGAUCUGUUCCCAGCAUUUGCUGUGAUCCCGAGGGCUUCGCAGCCGGAGAGAGACAGUUCAAUGAAGCACACCCGAGUCAUGGAGGGCAACAAGACCUUCGACCUCGUCAUGAGGCAGGUGCCAAAGAAGAUUGAUUCAAGGCGAGCGUCAAACGUCAAGUCCAGGAAGUCGAAGCUAAAGGACAACGUGCUAAGGUCAUCUUCGAGAGUUAAUUCUAUUGCACAACCGUAGACUCUAAAAUCUAGGUGAUAGACGCCCUGUGGUA